AUGUCCAGCGAAACGAUUGACACGCAGCUGGAACCAGAAAAUGCGGCAGCCGAUGAGAAAGAAGCAGAAGCAGAAGCAGAAGAGCUGGACGAUGAAGAGGUUGAGAGUACCAGGCCUAGCGUCAUGUCGCUUCAAAAUGUCGAGGACCAGGCAGAGGACGUGACACUAAGUAUGUCUGCUUCUAUAAAGGACAUAUACAAGGAUAUGGAGCCGCCUUUACAAAGCAGGUCAGUCAUGCGUAUCACCACGGACGCGGAGGACGCGAUUCUCAAGAAU